GGGACGAGUCAGGUAGUACCAAGAUUGAGGACCUCGAUCCGUGUGCGGUGUUUGAGAGUAUGAACAGUUAGAAGGAAUUCUAAUUAUAAUUCUUGCUCCGCAAACGGAGGGGACAAUGAAAGAAACGACACAACUACCAAGUUGACUCCUUAAUAAUAUCCAAUCAUGGUGACACGCCUUUUGUUGUUGCCUCAAGAAGCUGCACACAAAACUUGCUUUUUCCGAUAACAUCUGUCACCCUUUUGGAUAUUCCAUCUUCUUACAUUAUUUUUAGCAAAUUGCCAGUUUAAGAAAAAACAAAUAUCUUUUCUGUUUUCAUCGUUGCCAACGAUUUUGCAUCUGGUGGGGUUUCAUGGAGGAGGUUUGAUGCCAUCAUUCCUCUCCCAGUAACCACAUAUUCCACCUCCUGGGUUUUGAUUUUGAUCCUUCCGAGGUUGAGGUUGGGGUUGGGGUUGUGGAUUUUCAUGCUUUUUGUUAGAUUGAUAGAUAUAUUCUGACGUGGGUUGUGUAAUUUGGAAGGUGGGUUAAUGCUCAAUGGUUAUCCCUCCAAUCAUUUUUUGAAAGGAAUAGUUGGAAGUUGGUGUCAGAUUCACAGUACCCGCUUCUCAAAUUGAAAUAGAAUAGAAAUUCUACCAGAGACUCGAAGAGUUGUGGACAAAACUACCGGAACCUGUUUUCCAUAUCUCUCGAGAAUCAUGUGGGGCUUUGAAUGUUACAACCAAUUCUUUCGAAUGCGUGAGGAAUUCUGAUUGAGUUGUUGCUGUUGUUGGUUUGGUAGAUGGAAUGAACCUUUGACAGAGAACAAGAUCUGUCCAAAUCAGAAUGCUGGAUUGAUGAUCUCAUGUCGGGGGUGUUUGUCCAAGAGAUAAAUUGGUGCCUUUUGGUGAAGCUGUGAAUAGACCCUGCUUCCGAUUUCCUGAAUAGCUAGUUAAUCGUGUUGUGGUUUUGAUUUGUGAGGGAUAUGAAGUUUCUGAGCCUGGUGGGGAAUUCUUUUGGUUGUUCUGCAUCUGGUGAGCGCUUAGUUUCUGCUGCAAGAGAUGGCGAUGUUCAAGAGGCCAAAGCCUUGUUGGAAUAUAACCCCCGUCUUGCAAGGUAUUCCACUUUUGGUGUUCGCAAUUCCCCUUUGCAUUACUCUGCCGCUCAUGGCCACCAUGAGAUAGUGUAUCUCUUGAUUGAAUCCGGAGUUGAUAUCAAUCUCAGAAAUUAUCGCGGUCAGACUGCAUUGAUGCAAGCUUGUCAACAUGGUCACUGGGAGGUGGUGCAGACCUUGACUAUUUUUAGAGCCAAUAUCCAUAAAGCUGAUUACCUAAAUGGAGGAACUGCCCUUCAUUUGGCUGCUUUGAAUGGCCACACCAGAUGCAUUCGGCUAAUCUUGGCAGACUAUAUACCAAGCACCCCUAACUUCUGGAAUGCGUUACAGACAGGUGAUCAUAAAUCAAUCGCAGAAUUUGAUCACAGUGGUCUUUGCGAGGUAAUUAACAGAACUUCUGAUGGAGGGAUCACUGCUCUGCAUAUGGCAGCAUUGAAUGCGCAUGUUGAAAGUGUACAGUUACUCUUAGACUUGGGAGCUUCUGUGUCUGAGGUUACUGUGGAGGAUGGAACUACCAUUGAUUUAAUUGGUUCCGGAAGUACUCCACUCCAUUAUGCUGCAUGUGGUGGAAAUGCCCAAUGCUGUCAACUGCUGAUUGCCAAGGGUGCCGAUGUGACUGCCAAGAAUGCGAACGGAUGGACACCCUUGAUGGUUGCUCGUUCGUGGCAUAGAAACUGGCUUGAGGACAUCUUAAAAACACCUCCAGAAGAACCCCUACAAGUUCUUCCAUCUCCAUAUUUAUCUCUUCCUCUUAUGAGCAUUGUGAGAAUUGCUAGAGAAUGUGGAUGGAGGACGAAUGAAUUAGCACCAGCAUGCUUAGAUCCAUGCGCUGUUUGCUUGGAAAGGAAAUGUAUGGUCGCUGUCGAAGGUUGUGAUCACGAGUUCUGCACACAAUGUGCUUUAUAUCUUUGUUCUACGAACUCUACUUCAUCAACCACAAGUUCCCCCCCAGGUUCAAUUGCUUGCCCUCUCUGCAGGCACGGUAUAGUCUCAUUUGUGAAGCUUCCAGACGCAAGGCCCCUACAGAAGGAAAUGCAAAGGCCAUCAAAUCUGUCACUGGCAUUUUGCACUUGUUCAAGUGAAGUAUUGGAAGAUUCCACUGACAUGACCACCCCAUUUUGCAAACCAACAUCACGUGGGUCCAAUACUUCUUCCGUUUCAAGAACAUAUCGCUCCAAGAGCUGCCAAGCGAUCCCCUCAUUCAAAAUCAACCCCAGCCUUUGCUUGGGAGCAGAAGUUAGCUCCUCUUUAGUCCCUUGUAGUGUGAGCAGGAACGUGAGGAGCCACUUGGCGAGGUGUUCCAGUUUAAGACGAUCAUCUUCUCAAACAGAAAGAAGGAAAUCAUGGUUUUGUUCCCUCAAUCAAUCUGUUGCCACAGGCAGUGGAUGCUGAUUACAUUUUGGUCUUUUCAUAAAGCUUUUUCUUUGUGUCACACCAACGUAAACAGUAUCCAACGUUAUAUUCAUCAUUUCAAAUAUCAUUCACUGUUCAACAACUAUUUAGCUUGUAUAUACCUUGCCCAUUUGUUCAGCUGGGGCAAGCGUUACUUUUUUGGCAACAUACAUAAAAAAAUUCAACCAGAUUCAUGUUUGAUGCAUGUAAAUGAAACUGAUAUAAGGAAUUUCGUGGCUUAUCAUUA